ACACUAAUAACUGUCUGUUGGCGUAAAACGACCAAACUAUCCUUACACGAUCCUAUCAUAGUUGUAUAAAAACAUUUUCACAUGAACAAAUUCUGAGUUAUCCUUCGCCUCAAGAAGCAUUUUCAUUACCGGUUCAAGUAAUAGUAUUAGCAGAAUCUGGAUUGGAAAAAAUGGGACAAGCACUAUGCUGUGUUCAAGUGGAUCAGUCAACUGUAGCUAUUAAAGAAACAUUUGGGAAAUUUGAUGAGAUUUUGCAACCUGGAUGUCAUUUCUUGCCAUGGUGUCUUGGAAGUCAGAUUUCUGGUUAUCUUUCAUUGCGUGUUCAGCAACUUGAUGUUCGUUGUGAAACUAAAACUAAGGACAAUGUUUUUGUGACUGUUGUUGCAUCCAUUCAGUACCGUGCCUUGGCUGAUAGUGCAUCUGAUGCUUUCUAUAAGCUCAGCAACACCAGGGAACAGAUCCAAGCGUAUGUUUUUGAUGUUAUCCGGGCAAGCGUGCCGAAGUUGGAAUUGGAUGCAACCUUUGAGCAGAAAAAUGACAUUGCACGAGCUGUGGAAGAAGAGCUUGCAAAGGCCAUGUCAAAUUAUGGUUAUGAGAUAGUUCAGACUCUUAUUGUGGAUAUUGAGCCAGAUGUGCAUGUGAAGAGGGCAAUGAACGAGAUAAAUGCAGCUGCUAGAAUGAGGUUGGCAGCAAAUGAAAAGGCUGAAGCAGAGAAGAUUUUACAGAUCAAGCGAGCCGAAGGAGAGGCAGAAUCGAAGUACUUAUCUGGUUUAGGUAUAGCUCGACAACGCCAGGCCAUUGUGGAUGGAUUGAGAGACAGUGUACUUGCUUUCUCUGCGAAUGUCUCUGGUACGACUCCCAAGGAUGUAAUGGACAUGGUUCUGGUUACACAGUAUUUUGACACAAUGAAGGAGAUUGGGGCAUCAUCAAAAUCCUCAGCUGUUUUCAUUCCACAUGGACCUGGCGCCGUGAGGGAUGUUGCCUCUCAGAUCAGGGAUGGACUCUUGCAAGGUAGCUCCAGCCUGAUCUAGUGCGAAUGUUCAAUGUUGCACAGUAUCUAUAAAAAAAAAAACCUUGUUUGUCAGGUUUUGUUAUUACUAUGAUGUGAAUAAUUAGUUUUCAAGGAUGCACUAGUAUUUGGUUCAGUUUGCUUUAUUUUGUUGUCGUAUUUUGAUAAAAAUCCGCGUGGGAUUGUAAGUAAUACGUAGAUGGGGAGAAAAGGUCACUGUUAAAGCUUGUCGAUAUUUUCUGCUAUUCCAUACUUCUCUUGGUUA